CCUGACAAAUUCCCUGCCGCUCUGCUACUCCCCCAGCUGAACCCCCCCUCCCCCGGCCAUGCUUUCCUUCGGAGUCACCGUCCGUCCCCUCGCUGUAACGUCUCGCCUCCAUUCUCCCACCGUCCACAUGUGGCGUCGCAAUGCUCAUACAGCAGCCAUGUCAGACGACUCACUCGAUCAGGGCUCGUCAUCGUCUUACGGGGGUUCUGCAUCACAAGGUCACCCUGGGAAGGGAAAGGGGCGGCAGGAUCCCUUAGCUCAGAGCUAUAGGUUCCCAGAAAAAGGGAGAAAUGGGGGACCACCAGACCCGUUUGAGGUUAUGGCGUUGGAUAGAAGUGCUACUCAGCAAGAGGUCAAGCAGCAAUACUACAAACUGGCUCUCCUGCUACACCCCGAUUCCUCCCACCCUUCAUCGUCCCCCGAUCACUUUGCAACUCUCAACAAAGCCUACAACCUGCUCUCGAAACAGUCCUCACGCUCCGCAUUCCUCAAAACCGGCUACGGAUGGGAUGUUUCCACAUCCUCUGGCGGUACCCAGACAUGGUCAGAUUCCCUUAUGCGAGCUGAAAUCGCAAGGCGGCGAAAUGGAGGUGCGGCCGCGUGGAGCGGUGCGAGUAGGAGGUAUAGAGAUAGCGAUGCAGGUAGAGGGGCUUGGGGAGGGUUUGAUGGAUCUCAAGGAUGGAGACCGUACGAGGAUCCGAGCAAGGGCUUUAGUCCUCCCACGUCAGGUCCAGCUGAGGAGAGGUACAUGUCAAAUCCGAGAUUCCUUGCUGUCGUUGGUGUGGCUAGUGCUGUCAUAGCGUGGGUGCAUUGGCAUAGACUAGGUUACGCAACAGAAACCCACCGCGACAUGCUUGACAAGCAAAACAUUGACGCCUCGCGAGCUUUAGCACAAGCGCGUUACGAAGCAGCUACACAUGGACGCGUACGACGAGAGCAAAUACGACGUCGCGUUCGUGAAGCCGAGGUGUUGAAGGAGUUGGAAAAGGCAGAGCAGGGGCAUAUUGCUGUCGCAGGGCCGCCAACAGCUUAUCCUCCUUCGAACCGGGAGUGAAAGAAGGAAUCUAUCAUUUGUAUGCAUGCCAAAUCUAGUG